UACAUACAAUCACUCAUUCAAUUCCAUCAAUCUUAUCCACCCACCUAAUUACCUUAACCUAGCAAUGGCCGCCGCCGCCGUCGCCGACAAGCGGCCGGUCCGGUUCGGGAUCCUGGGCUGCGCCAAUAUAGCGCGUAAGGUGUCGCGGGCGAUUAUCCUCUCUCCCAACUCCACCGUCGUCGCCGUCGGCAGCCGAUCCCUCGCCAAAGCCGAGGCUUUCGCCAAGGAGAACGGCUUCCCCGGCUCGGCUAGGGCUUACGGCUCCUACGACGCCGUUAUUGACGACCCAGACGUUGACGCCGUUUACAUUCCGUUGCCGACGAGCCUCCACCGGCGGUGGGCGGCCCUGGCGGCGGAGAAGAAGAAGCACGUGCUGCUGGAGAAGCCGGUGGCGCUGAACGUGGCGGAGCUGGACGAGAUACUGGCGGCGUGCCGAGUGAACGGAGUGCAGUACAUGGACGCCACCAUGUGGAUGCACCACCCCCGCACGGCGGCGAUCACGGCGGCUCUCUCCGAUCACCGCCGCUUUGGCAAACUCAAAGCGGUACAUAGCAUUUUCUCAUACAACAAUGGUCCCGACUUCCUAAAAAAUGACAUUCGGGUGAAGCCCGACCUUGAUGCCUUAGGCGCAUUAGGCGACACCGGCUGGUAUUGUAUAAGAGCAAUCUUAUGGGCAUCCGAUUACAACCUUCCGACAAAAGCCACAGCUCUACCAAACGUCGAGUUCAAUGAGGCCGGCGUGAUCCUCUCUUGUGGCGCAUCUCUACAAUUCUCCGAUGGCAAAAUCACAACUUUCUAUUGCUCAUUUUUAACCAACUUGACAAUGGAAAUCAAUCUUUUGGGAACGGAUGGCUAUAUUCGUCUCCACGAUUUUGUCAUACCUUUUCAAGAAUAUAAAGCACCAUUUUACGUCCAUGCCAAUACCAAAUUUGGCGAGCGAGCAAUCUCUAUUGAGCCAGAACCCGUAGAACACAUUGUGAGUACGGAUCUCCCACAAGAGGCUUUGAUGGUGAAGGAGUUUUCGAAUUUGGUGCAAAAAAUUGAACGUGAAGGGGGAGAACCAGAGAAGAAGUGGGAAAUAAUUAGUCGGAAAACUCAACUUGUUGUGGAUGCCGUGAAAGCAUCGGUUGAUAAGGGGUUUGUUGCUGUUGAGGUCGGGGAAUAAUCUUGUGGAUGCCGUGAAAGUAUCGGUUGAUAAGGGGUUUGUUGCUGUUGAGGUUGGGGAAUAAUCUUAGAAAAUAUGAAUAAAUCGGGUUGUAAUAAUGUAAGAAAAUUAUGAAGGGCUUUAAUGUUGUAAUGUGGAUGUUUUUGUUGUUGUAUUUGAAUACAUUAUAGGGUGUGUUUGUUUGGGA